AUGGCGAGAUGCAAGAAGACCAGCAAAAAGCCCGCUACUAGUGCUACGGUGACUGAAUUUACGUUGAUUCUAGAGGCUGAUGAGGGAAAGAGGUCUGAGUUCGACGAAGGUUUGCCAGAUGAGGUGGAUGAAUUUUUCAAGGAUUCAAUGGUGGACUUUCCAGAAGUAGGGAAUCGAGAGCCAUUGGAAGAAGAUGAGGGAUCUUCUGGAGGUAAGAGAAACGGAUGGAUCUGGAAUGAUUUAGCUGCUGGGGAAACUGAGUUUCAGAGCCAGGCAAAGGACAAAUGGGCUCAAUUUCGGUCAUUAUUACCAAAUCAAGGAGGGGCUAAACUAAAAUUUGAGGAACCCCUAAUUCGAGAGGGCCAAAGAAUUGCUCAGGUGGAUUUAGAGGAGAUUCAAGUUGAAACUUCAUUUUGGAACUCAGCUAUGAUUUGUAUGGUUCUUGGAGCUAAUCCUCCAUUUGUUGUUUUUGAAGGAUUCAUUAAGAGAAUUUGGGGUAAGCUAGGUAUUGAUAGAAUAGUGCGAUUGAAUGCUGGGUUUACUCUAGUGAAAUUUAGAGAUGAAGCAACCAGGGAUUUGGUUUUGGAAGCUGGGGUUCUGCAUUUUGAUAGAAAACUAGUGAUAGUAAAGCCUUGGUCUGCUGAUUUAGACACUGUAAAGGUAGUGAAAUCUGUUCCAGUUUGGAUUAGGCUACCGGGGCUUGGACUACAAUAUUGGGGUACUAAGUGUUUAAGCGCCCUCAUGAGUACAAUUGGGAACCCGAUACUAGUUGAUAAUGUGAAAAAGAAUCGAACAAUGAUGCAAUUUUCUAGAGUGCUAGUGGAGAUAGAAAUAACAGAGGAGGUACCUAAAUCCAUUCAGUUUAUCAAUGAAAAAGGGCAGCUAAUGGAGCAACUUUUGGACUUUGAAUGGAUUCCAACUCAAUGUAAGAGCUGUAGGGUUUAUGGUCAUACGGAGAAGAUGUGUAACAGGAAACAAAGUGAGACCUGGAGGUCGAAAGUCAGAAAUGAUGAGGAUAAGACUAAGCAAGACCCCAAGGAGAAGCAAUCAGUAAUAGGGGUUAAAGAUGUUCCUAAUGAAGGCAGCGAUGUUGGUCAAGAGAAGAUAGCAACUAUGGAAGGGUCUGAGUCCCAGGAUUUAUCAAAGCAUCAUGGCACUUUGGCAGAUUCAGAGAAAAAAUGUGACAAGAAUGUUAACGAUUCCAGCGAGAGAUCUCCUUCAGAAUGGACUAUCCCUAAAAGGGUGGGGGGAAAUAAGAAGAGAGUUCUGCAUUCACAGAACAAACUGAAGAACUCAUAUAGUGCAUUGCAAGAUAAGGUUAUGGAGGUUACAAACCUGGGUACAACAUCUGAAGGUAGGAUCCUUCUUAUUUGGCAGAGACAGAGUAUCUCUGUUGAGGUUUUGAAGGAAAGUGACCAGUUAGUUCACGUCCUUAUUAAAGAAAUGAGAUCUAAUAAGCAGAGUUGUGUUACCUUUUUGUAUGGUAGGAAUUCUAUUGAGGAAAGAAGGCAGAUGUGGGAGGAUCUUUCUGUUCUGUGUUUUCCAGCCACUCCUUGGCUUGUGGCUGGUGAUUUUAAUGUGGUGUUUGAGUAUACAGACAGAGUUGGUGGCCGUAGUAUCACUGCUAUGGAAUUGAUGGAUGCUCAAACUUGGAGAGAAUUGGGGUUGGUUGACGAGAUGCGCUCUAGAGGUUCUCAUUUCACUUGGACUUACAAGCAAGCUAAUGAGGACAGAAUAUACUCUAAGCUGGAAAAAAAUUUCAUAAAUGAAGCUUGGUUGGAUUUAUAUCCUCAUGAUGAAGCUGUUGUUAACUGGGAGUUAUUUUCUGAUCAUUGUUUAUGUGUUAUUAAAUCAGGAGCUGUUGUGAACUGUGGUGUUAAACCCUUUCAAUUUUUUAAUAUGUGGACUGACCAUGAGAAGUUUACAGAGUUAGUGUUGCAAAGCUGGUGCAAGCCAUGUAAAGGUUAUGGUUUAGAGAGAAUAGUUCGGAAAUUAGGGAGACUCGAACAGGUUCUGCGCAAGUUUAAUAAAAGUGAUGCGGGAGAUGUUGUUCAGAAUUAUAACACUGCUAAGGAAAACUACCAAAAUGCUCAAUUGUCUCUUCAAACUGACCCUCACUCUUCUGUUAUGCAAAGAGAGGAGCGAGUUGCUGGUGAGCUAUUUGCAACUCAUGCUAGAAUAUAUGACAGUUUUAUGAGACAGAGAAGUAAAAUUAAUUGGCUUUGUUAUGCAACUCAAGCUUGUUUGAAACAGAGAAGGGCAUCUAAUCGUAUCACAUCUUAUGUUAAUGAAUCUGGUCAGUUAAUCGAGAGGUUUGAGGAGGUGGUGGAUCAUUUUGUAAAUCACUUUCGAAAAGUUAUGGGCAGCCAGAGCACUGCCUCAGUGCUUAUUCAAACGUCCUGUUUCAGGCUUGGACACAGGCUGGCUUUGGACCAACAACUUGGUUUAAUAAAGCCUUUUACUAGAAAGGAAGUAGAAGAUGCUUUGUUUAGUAUUAGUUCAAUUAAAAGUCCGGAUCCGGAUUGGUAUGGAUCUGGUUUUUUCAAAGCCAUGUGGAAGGAUUUGGGUUCAGAUUUUACUGAAGCAGUGCUUGAGUUCUUUGAUCGGGGUGUGCUUCCUGAGGAAAUGAAUAAGGCUACCAUUACACUGAUUCCUAAGAUUGAUACCCCAUCUAAGGAGGUUUCAAACUCAGUUCAGAUUAUCAAGGACAGUUUUACUAAAUUCAGCAUGGCUUCUGGUUUGACAGCUAACUUGGAUAAAUCACAGGUUAGAGAAAAAAUGGAGGAUUGGCUGGGAAGGGAUAUUUGGUCGUGUAGGUAUGAGGACUGGAGUGCCUGGAUGGUUGGAAAGCCUAAGGACCUGAAGCAAAAAGUUGCUGUUGCAGCCAUGGCAGCAGCUGUGUACAUGGUGUGGAAGAACAGAAACAAUUGCAUCUUUGCUUUUAGCUCACUUUCUGUUGAUUUUGUAGUUAAAUUGAUCAAGUAUUAUUUGAAAUUUAGACUAACUAGAUUUCCUAAGCUGAAAGUUAAGAAAAAGGAUGUAGCUUUUUUUGAGAACUUUGUUCAGCUGUAA